GGCUUGAAAAAUGAGCUUGUAGACCGUUUGUAUGAACACUUGCAGCCUGAUGGUGAUGAUGUGGGACCCAAGGACAUGGAUGAAGAGAAAGAAGAUGGUGAGGAAAAUAAUGGAGAGGAGCAGGAAGGAAAUGAAGAUGAUGAUGGAGGUGGUAUGGGCCUUCCUCCUGAUGAGGAAGAUGAACAGCAGUCUGCAGACAUGGUAACAGAAGAAGAUGAUGAAAGAGAUACCCAGAGUCAAAGCUUGAGUGAACUGAUCAGCAAGGCUCGAGAACAGGAGGAGAUGUUAGCACGACAGAGGCAUUUGGAGGAAGAACGUUUGAUGCAACAUAAGGUGCGAGAGCAGCAAAGACUUAUAGAGGAGCAGCAGCAACAAAAACAACAGGCAAAUUUGUUUAGGUUACAACAAGCUGCAUUUAUCGAGAAGCAGAGAGAAGAGCAAGAGAAGCAAGUAAAGUUACUAAGGCUUCAGAGGGAAGCUCUUAUGCAAAAAGAAGAGGAGCAAGGCAAUUUAACGCCAGCUGCUCCUGUUGCCCCAGUUGUGUCUGCACCUCCAACACGAAUUGCUGGGCCUUCACCAAGUGUAGGAACAGUGCCAGUUUUAGGACCCCCUGGAAUAAAAGCAUCUGUUGUUGUUCCUCCUCCACCUGCCUCCUUUCCUCCAAGACCUCAGGGUCCUAUUCCUUUAAGUGCUCCACCAACAGGCUUUACAGGAACUGGCCCUAGUCCUGCUGGUCCACCAGUACCUCCAGUCCCUCCUGGUCCACCUGUUCCACCUGGGCCAACAGGGCCUGUACCAGUGACCAACACUGGUAUGUUAGGUCCUUCCCCAGGACCAACUGCAAAGCCACCUGCACCUCAGCAGCCAGCUCCACCAAGGCCACCCAUGAUACAAGCUCCAACCCCUCGGCCUCCAGCUCCUAUUACAGCACAGCGUCCACCUGUGUCAAUGCCAAGUACACCACCUAGGUCAUCGGUGCCAGCACCAGGAUUAUUAGGGGUAUCCCCAUCUGCCAUAGGCCCACCAGGAGAGCCUUCAGAUAAAAGUGAAAAGCCUCCUCCUCUGAUGUCUUUGCAGGUUUCAGCACCGAAAGAAGAAGCCCCCAGGGAAGUUAAACUUCCUCAGGCUUUAGAGCAGGCUCUUGCUUUCAAGACUGAAAGAGCAAAACAGGUUGGUGUCAACCCAGAAGAUGUGGAAAAAUUUGAGCGAGAGGGUGUUGCUGGCAUGGAUGAUUUGGAAAAUAUUUCACCGCAGACCCAGUUACAAGUCCCUCUAAGCAAAGGACCUUUCAUGACGCCUGUAUAUGAAGAUGAUGAUGAUGAUAUGCCUGAAGAACUUCCAACAAAGAAUAGGCAAGAAAAGAAAAAGAAGAAGAAAAAGAAAAGGAAAGGUCGUAACAGGUUCCAAGAAGAAUUGGAAAGAACCCAAAAAGAACUGGCCAAACUUGAGAGGAGUGAAAAUGAUGACCCCAAUGUGGAAAUUGAGUAUAUUCAAGACACAAUUGAAUUGGAAAUUACUGAUCCAAAUUACAGUCAUUUCACAAAAAUCUUUGAGACCUUCCGUAUUGCUGAACCAGAGCCAAAAGUAGAAGAAGAGAAAGUAGCCAUCAAAGCUGCCGAAAUUGCCACAGCAGAUUUGAAAAAAAAUUUAACUAAGGUACCAGGUGUGCCUAGAGAUGACGAUGAUGACGAUGAUGAGGAAGAGGAUAUUAAGAAAGAAGAAGAUGAUAAACCUAAGCUUUCUAAGAGAAAAAUGAAGCUUCUAAAACGAAUGAGCAUUGCAGAAUUGAAGCAGACUGUAAGUCGUCCAGAUGUUGUUGAAAUGCAUGAUGUUACAGCAAAGGAUCCCAAAUUGCUGGUACAUUUGAAAGCAACAAGAAAUACAGUGCCUGUUCCAAGGCAUUGGUGUUUCAAACGUAAAUAUUUGCAGGGUAAGAGAGGUAUUGAAAAACCACCAUUUGAACUGCCAGACUUUAUUAAACGGACUGGAAUCAUGGAGAUGCGAGCAGCCUUACAAGAGAAGGAAGACCAGAAAACAUUAAAAGCAAAGAUGAGAGACAAAGUUCGCCCAAAAAUGGGAAAGAUUGACAUUGAUUAUCAGAAACUUCAUGAUGCUUUCUUCAAGUGGCAAACAAAACCAAAAAUGACCAUUCAUGGAGAUCUUUACUAUGAGGGAAAGGAAUUUGAGACAAAGAUGAAAGAUAAAAAACCAGGUGAAAUGAGUGAUGACCUUAGGAUAGCACUUGGAAUGCCUGUAGGAGCAAAUGCUCAUAAGGUUCCUCCCCCAUGGCUUAUUGCUAUGCAGCGUUAUGGUCCUCCACCAUCAUAUCCAAAUUUAAAGAUCCCAGGGUUGAAUGCUCCUAUACCUGAAGGUUGUAGUUUUGGUUAUCAUGCAGGUGGUUGGGGUAAGCCUCCAGUUGAUAACAUGGGCAAACCAAUAUAUGGAGAUGUUUUUGGAACACAGAGCAAGGACUUUGAUUCUCCAUUAGCUGAGGAGGAAGUUGAACGUACUCUUUGGGGUGAACUAGAGAGUGAGAGUGAAGAGGAAUCAGAAGAAGAAAGUGAGGAGGAAUCUGAUGAGGAUGUCAGUGGGUUGGUGACACCAGGUGAGACGGGUCUUGUUACUCCAUCUGGCAUCAGCUCUUUACCAGCUGGUCUAGAAACCCCAGACAUGAUUGAACUGCGUAAGAAGCGUAUGGAAACGGAAAUGGAAGGUGGUGAUACCCCAGCUUUAUAUACAAUUUUACCAGAAAAACGAACAGAGACUAUGGGACGUGCAAUGAUGGGUUCUACACAUACCUAUGACAUUGCUGCUGCUGCUGCUGCUGUGGGUGCUGGAGGUGGAGUGACCAGAUCAGCCCCACAAGGAGUAGAAGUAGCCCUUGAUCCUUCUGAAUUAGAUCUUGUUGACACUGAUGCCAUGGCUGCUCGAUAUGAAGCCACACUCCGAGAACAGCAGAAGGGAGAAGAGGAAGAUUUCUCAGAUAUGGUGGCAGAACAUGCUGCCAAACAACGGAAUAAGAGACGAAAGCAGCAGCAAGAUCAGAGUAAACCAGCAAAAAAGUACAAAGAUUUCAAAUUCUGAUUUGGACUUUUAUUUAAAGUUUACUAUAUAAAACCUGAAAAUAAUUUUAAAUGUAUGGAAGAGGAGAAAUUUUAGUUGUAUGAUUGUACUGUAGUUGUUUUCCCAUAUGACUUUUAGUAAAUUAGAUCUCUUUAGUUGAAUCUUUAAUGAACAGUUCUAAAUAGAAAAGGUAGUUUUACUCACAUAA